CCCAACUCUUUGACCUAUAUUCGAACGUUGCUCAGCAACUUUUCUUAGCUAGGGUCGUUUUGGCGUUAAGUGGACGGGACACUACACGCGUUGACAACAUGUGAAUAUUUUUCUCCCCGGGAUUUAAAUCUUACAAAUAUUCUCUGACACGCAUGGAUACGGUUGGUGACAACCGGCGGAGACGAACAAGGAGCGCGCGAGAGUGCUGUGGACGACACGCCGGAGCACGAGCUGACGAGUACGGUGUGCUGCGGUGUCUGAGUGUGGGAAACACGGAAGAGGACCAUGACAUGGCGGAGGACGACGGCUCUUUUAAGCAGGGCGGCCAACUGGAACGGAGGGUCAUGGCUCCCCGCUAUAGCUUGCUGCGGGAGGUUGGGAGGGGAACGUAUGGCGUGGUGUACGAAGCGGUGGCUCGGAGGUCCGGUGCUAAAGUCGCUGUGAAGAAAUUGCGUUGCGACGCGCCGGAAAACGUGGAGCUCGCUCUGCAGGAGUUCUGGGCGCUGGCGAGUCUGGAGAAACGGCACCAAAACGUGGUGCAGCUGGAGGAGUGUGUUCUGCAGAGGAACGGUAUGGCCCAGAAAAUGAGCCAUGGCAACAAACGGUCCAAACAGUACCUGCGCCUGGUGGAAACUUCACUGAAAGGUGAGCGAGUGCUCAGUCCUCCAGAGGAGCCAUGUUAUCUCUGGUUCGUCAUGGAGUUCUGUGAAGGUGGUGACCUCAAUCAGUUCAUCCUGUCUCGGCAGCCAGACCCACAAACCAACAACAGCUUCAUGCUCCAGUUGACCAGUGCUGUUGCAUUCCUGCAUGAAAAUAGCAUCGUCCACAGAGACCUUAAGCCUGACAACAUCCUAAUCUCUGAGAGGUCAGGGACCCCAGUCCUUAAGGUGGCUGACUUUGGCCUCAGUAAAGUUUGUGCUGCUUUGAGUAAUACAAGGGUAGGCAAAGAAAGUGAAGAUAAGAACAAAAAUGUCAAUGUCAACAAGAUUUGGUUGUCUUCAGCAUGUGGCUCUGACUUUUUUAUGGCUCCUGAAGUAUGGGAGGGCCACUACACAGCUAAGGCAGACAUAUUUGCCUUGGGCAUCAUCAUCUGGGCCAUGUUGGAAAGAAUUACUUUCAUUGAUGCUGAAUCAAAGCGAGAGCUUCUUGGAAUGUAUGUUAGACACGGAGCAGAUAUUGUGCCAGUUGGCGAAGCAUUGCUAGAGAAUCCAAAGAUGGUACUGAACAUCCCACAGAAACGCAGGUCGUGCAUGUCUGAUGGAGUGAAGAAGCUGCUUCAGGACAUGCUCGCUGCAAAUCCUCAGGACCGGCCUGAUGCUUUUGAGCUGCAGGCCAGAAUGGACCAGGUUAUGUGUGCUGCAUGACCCACAGCCAGGCUGUUCUACAGACACACAUUUAUUCCUGGAGCUGCUACGUCACUAAGGGGUCUCCCUGUGUUGAUGGAAAGACUGUGAAUAUGAGGAGAAUCAAAGGAAAGCAGCUAAUGGCUUUCCACAUCAAGAAUGACACCAUACACCAACGCAAGUGGUGGCUCCACCCACACCACAGCUAUAACUACAAGAGUGGUGUGAGUGAGUGAUAUGGCUGGGAUUAUAUUGGGAGCAAUUUGAUGAACAAUAGAAAACACUGACAAUCAAAAUUCAUCUGAAUGUACAGGGCAGAUGGCAAGAGAAUCUCCUCCCUCUGUUCAAUAAAACAAAUGCUAACUUGAACAUGGAUCUCUUAGGUAAAAUCAGACUCACACUCAGUCAGUGGUGUUGUGUUGUUAACAGAAGCUAGGGUAUGUUUGAGGCUCUGACAGCUGCAGCUGUUCACAGAAUGCCAUCAUUCGUCAUUGUGGAUGCUCACGUCACAAUCAUUGGAUAUGUUAGGUGUAGACGGCCCUCCACUCCUGCAGUUUAGAUGCUAGGUUUUUGUUUGUUUUGAAGUUGUUUACUAUGUGAGCGCUUUUCCAUACUGUCGGUCCUUCCCUGGAUACUCGCAUAAAGUGAGAAACGUUUUCUCUAUGAGUGGGAAGCUUGAUUAAUCUGAUGAAGCUGCUACACCUCCAUCGACUUGUGGAGAAAUUUUCAGAAAACAUGUGACAUUGGCGCUGAACUACAGUGACUCUUAUUUGAAGCAAGUUAAUUGUGCAUGUAUGUACAAUGUACAUGAUCAGGGCUGACGUGUUGAAGAAUGUCGGGAGAAAUACAAAAUCUCAAUCGAUCCAUUUAUCUCAGAUCACUUCUAAAUAUGAAUAGGUUCUUUCGGUCAUGCCUCACCCCUCCACUAAAAUGUAUUGGAUUGAUUCAUUGGUUUGUUUAUUGUCCUGCUGACAGAAACAAACGGUGUUUAAAAAAAAAAUACAGAUGGACACUGCUGCUGGUAACCUUCAUGAGGUGGAGGUUUCAUGGUGCUGUGUGCAUUGGUGUUUGUGUUGCCCUAGUCAACAGUUUUGUCUAAUAACUGGAAAUGGUGUCACUGUCUGUUGUGUUGGCUUUGAAUUUCUUCUGACAUUGUUUGGUUUAAAGGCUAAAACAUGUGAGUCAUGGUUAGCUAUUUAAAGUGGUGUCACUGGACUUGAUUAGCCAAUAUUAACAUUAUUUACUUACUUUGUCAUUUUGUCUGCUAAGAAGUCUGUUUAAAGGGAUUAAUGAAAACAACUUUUCAAACAGUACCACCAUUUAUUUCCACAGUCAUGUAGUAGAUGCAACACAUUUUGACAUCAAUUAAUUUGCCUAUUUUAAUCUACUACCUGUCCGAAGGGCAAAACAGUCCUUCCAUUCAGUCCAACUGCCUCCUAGAAGAUGUUAGUGGAGUUUCUCAUGGACCUCAUCUGAUAGCAGGAAUGUCGAAUCUUGUAAACUAAUUUUCAACGUUUUGCACAAGCAUACAUGUGGAAACAUAAAUGCAUCCCAGACUAAAAAGAUGUGAUGAGAGAAUGUUCUAAUGUAGCUUUCAACCUGACCUUUAUUUGCCUUUUGAUGAGAAACCAGAGAUUCUCUGGAAAUCUUAUUUAAUUUAAACGUUAACUCUGCACCUUUUACAUUUAAUUAUUUUUUUAGACCUGUGGUGCAUUGAAACUAACAAGUUGAAACUAUUUUUAUUUGGCACUGCAGAUACAUUAACCAGGCUAUUUUUUUUUUUUUCCAGUUUGACACAUUUAUUUGCUGAGUGAAAUCAGGGUUUUGAAGGAAAAUGAACCGACUUGAUGUUUGACUAUAAGUGCCAUUCAUGUUUAAGGAGCAGAGCUGCAGCCUGAUUACACCAUAUUUAAGGUGCAUCAUGGUUUCCUGAACUGUUUUGAACAGCGUUUGAGUCGCUUCUCGAUGAAAAUCAAUCACGGCGAUGCCUGUGAUCAGAAAUGGAAAAUUAGUGAAAAACUAUUUCCCAUGUACUGUUGGCAUAUUUGUACAAUGAACCACAGCUGAAUGUUUUUGGUUUGCCCUGUAACCGCCCUUUUGAAUUGCUCUACCUCAGUCUGUUUUACCUUUUCUUUACUGAGCCAUUGUUUGAUUUGCUAAGACAUUCCUCAGGCAGAAUUGAAACUGGCACGUGCUUAAACCUCAUGUUGUCACAGUAUGUGUCAGGUGUGCCCAGUUUUCCUUUUGGUGAUGAUGUGUUUCUUAAGUAUUGUAUAGGCACCACAGCCAAUUGACUGUGUUACUGCUUCAUUGUGAGAAGAUGGGUUUACACGUAUAAACAUGUUUACAUGCGUCAUGCUCAGCACGGCUAUGAUGUUCUUUGGUUAAAAGCUUGAAUGAACCUCUGUGAAUAAGGCCCCUCAAAUCACCUCCUUUGUUUCGAGAAUGAAUGAACAUGUAUGCUGGGUAGAAACUGGAGUUUAGUGUAUGGUGAUGUGUUCAUAAAUGUAUUCAGAUUUCUGAGGAAUUAAAUUUUUUCCUUUAGUUAAGAGGAAUAUAUUUAAAAUGUCCAUGUAACUGGCUCUGGAUGCUUCCCUUUGUUGUUGGGGUAAUGUUCUUGUUGGUCUGUACAGCAGCACUGUCUUUGACACACUGUUAAACACUGGUUUUCACAGGCAGCACUCAUCUAUGCAACACUGCCUCUCUGGUUACACUGUGAAACAAUGCAGGUCUGGCUCACUUUGUUUUAGUCAUCAGCUUCUCACAGUGACUGGCACUAGACACUCACAUCUUGUGUUUUGUCUUGGUGGAUAAUGACAGAAUCCGCAAUCCUUGGUUCGACACAUAAGCAAAGCCGUUUGCUUGAAUGUAAACAUGUUUUUAUUUCUGACUGUAUCUGAGGUCUGUUUGAAUAAAGGUUGUAAUCACCUCA